AUGAGUGCAGACACCAAGGAGAUGCCAUUGCGACAUGGCACAACCAUGAGCAGCAUGGCAAGCACUGACUCGGCUGUCCCCGAGUUUGACCCUUCAACUACUGCCGGUCUCCUGGCCGAACGACUCCAGGCCUGGAAGCACUCCGUAGGAUACCUCGAGAGCUACGUCACUGCUGUCGAGAAAGCCCACGCCCACCACUCCAAGGAGUACGAGAAAGUUCUCAAGACGAUCUCCCAGCCACUUAAGGAGGGCAGGCAUUUCGACCAGGGCCUGGGUGGUGUUGCUGGCUUUUUUGAGAACAUGCGAGUCAACACACAGGCCAUGAUCAACUCCAACACCGAAACCGAAAAGACCCUCAAGGGAACCGUCCUCCCCAUCCUCGAGAGACUGCACAAGGAGAUCAAGGCCAAGGCUAAGGAAGUUGAGCAUGGUGCCGGCAAGAGUGCAAAGGAGGUUGAGAAGGCCCGAAACACCACUCAGAAACACAUUGAGUUGCUAGGACAGCACAGUGCGUCCUUUGAGUCGACUGGUGGCAAGAUGAACCCGACCGAAGAUCCCUAUGUUAUUCAGCGCGGCGUCUAUCACCGACUGAACAAACAGGUCAUUGAGGAGAACAACCACCGCAACGACCUGAUCCAUGUGCAGGAAAACUUUCAAGCUUUCGAGGCCCAUGUGAUACAGGUUGUGCAGCAGGCAAUGGAAGCCUUCAAUGCUGUGGCCGGAGGCCAAGCCGAGAAGACGCGCGCGCUCUAUGCCGACAUGCUUGGUGCUGCUCAGCGCAUCCCGCCCGAUUUCGAAUGGAAGGGAUUCCUCCACCGUGAAGGCGCUAAUCUCGUCAACCCCAACGACCCGCCACGAAGCGUGGACGCCAUUAAUUUCCCCAAUCAGAACCACAACUCUACCAAGGCUCUGAUUGAGGGUUCGCUGGAACGCAAGUCGCGAAACAAGCUCUCCUGGGGUACGCAGACUGGCUACUAUGUUGUCACCCCGUCAAAGUUCCUACACGAGUUCAAGGACGACGACAACUUUGCCAAUGACCCCAAGCCCGAGCUGUCCAUCUAUCUUCCGGACGCCGUGGUCGGAACCCCCAGCGGAGAGAAAUUCAAUGUCAAGGGUAAGGACAAGGCCAAGGGUAUCGGCAGCAAGCUGGCCGGAACGUCGGAGCUGGCCUUCAAGGCGCACAGCCCUGCCGAAGCUCAGCGGUGGUUCGAAGCCAUCAGCGCUGCAGCAGGCGCCACAGGUGCAGCCUAUGAGAGCACGCCAGCUUCUCCAGUUGUGGCUAAUGAUGCUACUUCGCCCAGCACCGAAAAGACCGAGGCUGCUGCGCUCAAGGAACAGGAGGCAGGCGUUACGGGCAGCGGAGGCGCAAGUUCGCCCGCCACCCCGUCUCCUCUCAGUCGGAGUGGCACCAUAGACACCAAGGCCGAGCCCAAGACGGCUGCCUAG